AUGGCAAAAGCGAUUAACAUUCCAUCAAUUGAACAGUUUGAUGUUUCGAGUGACCAAACUUCGCUCUCACAAAGAUGGGAUAAAACUUCGCUCUCACAAAGAUGGGAUAAAUGGAUGAAGCAAUUUAAUUUCUUCACAGUUGGUUCCGGUAUAACAGAUGCAACUCAAAAACGAGCAUUGUUGUUACAUCUCGCAGGUCCAGAAACACAAGAAAUAUUUGGGACAUUGACAGAAACUGGGGAGGAUAAGGAUUAUGACAAAGCUGUUGAGAAAUUGACGGAUUAUUUCAAACCAAAAAAGAACAUAGCUUAUGAACGGCACAUUUUUCGUUGUGAAAUCCAGAGAGAGUCUGAAACUGUGGAACAAUUUUCAACAAGACUGAAACAUUUGGCAUUAACAUGUGAAUAUGGAGAUAUAAAAGAUGACAUGAUAAGAGACCAAAUUGUUGACAAAUGUCAAUCACACGAGUUACGUCGUAAGUUUUUAACAGUAGAAGAUUUAAAAUUGCCGAAAUUACUUGACAUCGCAAGGGCAUAUGAAGGUGCUUGUGCUCGAGCAGAGAAGAUUGAAAACCCAUCAUCUACGCCCGUGGAGUGUAGAAAGAAGGUUUAUGCAUACGGAGCAAGUACACCUCUGAAUUUGAUAGGGACAUUUGAAUCAGAAAUAUGUGCUGACGGGAAAACACAGUCUGCAGAAUUUCUGGUGACAGAUACUGUGUGUGGAUCUUUGUUAGGAUAUUGUACAGCGACUGCGCUGAAAGUGUUAAAAAUAGGUGCAAAUAUUAAUAAGGUGGAAAGCAAUGAAGAAUUCAAAAGGAAAUACCCGGCAUGCUUUCAGGGAACUGGGAAAUUGAAAGAUUUUCAGUUAAAAUUACAUAUUGAUAAGACUGUUGAACCGGUUGCGCAGCCAGUCAGAAGACUGCCAUUCAGCUUAAGAGAAAAAGUUGAACAGAAAAUUGAGGAUUUAGAAUCAAAGGACAUAAUUGAAAAAACAACAGGUCCUACACCAUUUGUGUCGCCAUUAGUUGUCGUGCCCAAGGGAAACAAUGACGUAAGGAUAUGCGUUGAUAUGCGUCAGGCGAACCGUGCAAUCUUGAGAGAGAGACACCCUAUACCUACCGUUGAUGAAGUGAUACAUGACAUGAACUCUGCGACAAUUUUCUCAAAAAUUGAUUUGAAAGAAGGAUUCCAUCAAAUUGAGUUAGAGGAAAGUUCGAGAUAUAUUACAACGUUUGUAACUUCAAAGGGACUAUAUCGAUAUAAAAGGCUAAUGUUUGGUAUAAAUUCAGCACCGGAAAUUUACCAGUAUAUCAUUUCACAAGUCCUGGAAGGCUUAGCGGGUGUAAAAAAUAUUGCAGAUGAUAUCAUAGUUUAUGCACCAGACAAAACUACGCAUGAUCAAAGAUUGAAUGCAGUUUUUGAAAGGUUACGUGAACGUGGACUAACCGUAAACUAUGAGAAAUGCAAGUUUUGUAUGGAUAAGCUAGUAUUUCAUGGACAUGUAUUAUCAAAACACGGAAUAGGACCAGAACAGUCAAAAGUAGAAGCUAUUCUGAAUGCAAGGAGACCUCAAAACGUUCAAGAAGUAAGAAGUCUGCUUGGAUUAGCUAACUGGAAUCACAGAUUCAUACCUGACUUAGCUUCCGUUGUUGAACCCUUACGUAGGUUGACUAAGAAAGGAGUACGGUUUCAAUGGACAAAUGAGCAAACGGAAUCUUUUGAAAAGCUGAAAAGAAGAUUAGCUAGUGCAAAAACAUUGGGGUACUUUGAUCCCAAAGCGAAGACAACUGUUAUAGCAGAUGCUGGACCCAUGGCACUUGGAGCUGUGCUUAUACAGGAACAAAAUGGUCAGCAAAGAAUUAUCCAAUAUGCAAGUCGUACACUCACAAAGACUGAGCAAAAGUAUUCACAGACAGAAAAAGAAGCUCUGAGUUUAGUUUGGAGUUGUGAAAAGUUUCGUAUUUGGCUAAUAGGUCUUGAGUUCGAUCUCGUGACAGAUCAUCGUGCAUUGGAGGUAAAAUCUAAACCGCCACCAAGGAUAGAACGUUGGGUUUUGAGACUACAGGCUUUCAACUUCAAUGUGAAAUAUAAGCCGGGAAAAUACAACAUUGCUGAUCCUUUGAGUAGAUUGACGCAGCAAAACGUAUCUAAGUCGAAAGUAUCAGACAUUGCUGAGGAAUAUGUCAAAUUCAUAGCUUUGAAUGACGUACCAGAAGCAUUAACUGCACGAGAAAUUGAACAAGUAUCGUCACGUGAUUCUGAGAUUACGCAACUGCGAAGAGAGAUCCGUAAAAACGGUGAUUUUAAGGAUUUACCUGACUACAAACAUGUUAGAAAAGAACUAACUGUUUUAGGGAAAAUGGUGUUACGCGGAACUCGUAUCGUUAUUCCGAAAUCACUACGAUAUAGAAUAGUCAAAUUAGCACACCAAGGUCAUCAAGGAAUCGUGAAAACAAAGCAGAGAUUGCGCAACACUGUAUACUGGCCUGGUAUGGACAGUCAGGUCGAACGAGAAGUUAAAAAAUGUCAUAGUUGUCAGUUAGUAGGUCAGCCGGAGAAGCCAGAACCAGUGUCGAGAACAAAACUGCCAGAGGGACCAUGGCAACACUUAUCGAUAGAUCUUAUGGGACCAUUUCCAAAUAGUGGUGAUUAUGUGUUUGUUGUUGUUGAUUAUUUCAGUAGAUGGUUCGAGGUGGAUAUUAUGAAAAGCAUAACCUCAAGUAAAAUCAUUGAAAGUUUGGACAAAAUGUUCGUAACGUAUGGAUUACCAAUUUCAAUAAGGUCUGAUAACGCACCAAAUUUCAAAUCUGAGGAGUUUGAGGAUUAUUUACGUGAACAUGCGAUUGAGCACUUAACAAGUACACCUGAGACUGAAAAAUGUGACUUUCGAGAAAGGGACAUGAUCCAGAAAGAAAUAGGGAAGGAGUAUGCAGAUACUCACAGAAAUGUGAAAUACAGUAACAUUUUAAAAGGUGACAAAGUUCUCGUUGAACAAAAAGAACAAAAUAAGCUUACACCACGGUUUGAACAAGAACCGUAUGUCGUAACAGAAAAACAGAGUUUAGUUUAA